AUGAAACUACCCGAUAAAUACACUACCUUUGUUAGCGAAAGCUCUAAUGUCAACUUGUCUGGCGGUGAAAAGCAGCGUAUUGCAAUUGCGCGUGCUUUAAUUCAAAAUCCAUCGGUAUUAUUAUUAGAUGAAGCAACAAGCGCUCUUGAUAAUGAAAGUGAGAAACUUGUUCAAGAUGCUCUUGAUCGCGUCUGUAAAGGUCGAACAACAAUAAUAAUUGCUCAUCGUUUAUCGACAAUACGGAAAGCAGAUCGCAUUUAUUUUUUUGACAGUGGACGAAUUGUUGAACAAGGUACACAUGAUCAACUUAUGGCCAAGGAACAAGGACGGUAUUAUUCAAUGGUAAGAGUUCAAGAAGACCCAAAUACUCCAGAACCAUUA